AUGGAUGAUAUAUCUUCAGAUCAAAUUAGAAUUCAGCUCGAUUUUUUAAAAAAGUUAGAUUUGUUUUGCAUUUUCAAAUUUAUAAUUACUAAUGAUAUUAAAAUAUAUAAUGAAAAAUCCUAUGAAAUAUUAAUAAAACUUGUUAAUUCAUAUAAAAUAAUUAACAUCCAAGAAUCGAAAAAUAAUAUUUUUGAAAACCAUAAAAUAUAUAGCAAGUUUUUUUAUAGUCAAAAAAAUUUAUUUAAAAAAAAUAACAAGACAAAAGUAAAUCCACAUAAUAAAAAUUACUCAGCAUAUCCAAAUGAAAAUAAUGAUAUUACUUCCAAUUUUUUCAAUUAUAGUAAUUCUUCAAAUUGCUUAUGUGAAAGUUGCAAUUUAAUUAAUAACAAUUUCCAGGAAAAUGAUCAAGAAAAAAAAAAUGAAAACAAUUCUGAUAUUAAAAAAAAAAAAAAAAAUUCACUCUACUCAAAUGAUUCGAUGUUUUCAAAAGAUAUGUGUAAUACAACAUUAUUCAAAAUAUUUAAAUUCCCAAAAAAUGAAAAAGUAGUUCAUUAUAUAAAGAAUUACCUUUGUCUUGAUGCUUUUAUAAAAGAACCUUUAAAUAUUAAUUUAUGUUUUAUAAAAUUUGAUAAAAAUAAUAAUAAAAAAAAAAAAAAAAAAAGGAAACCAAGAAGAAUUAAAAAUGAAUUAAUGCAAUCACAUACAAGUGUAUAUAAUAGUGAUUCAGAAAUCUUAAAUAAAAUGUUUAGGAAUUCAUGUAAUUGUAAUGAUAUCGAAUCGGGACAAAAUUCAAUAUUGUCAUCAAGCUUUACUUUACAAAAUAUGAUCAUUCCUACAAACUCAAAUAUAGCAAACAAUGGAACUGAAUUCAAUCCAUCAGAAAAUAUAUUAAAUACAAAAAACAUAUUAACUGAAACAGAUAAAUCGCUUUCAAAUUUCUCAGAAAUGCCAUCCACUUUAAAAAAUAGCGAACAAAAUAGUACCAAUAAUAAUAAUGGGAAUUCGAAUACACCCAUUGAUCUAUUUUAUGUAAGUUGCACAAUGUCAGAAAGCGAAUCUAUUUUAAAUCAUUAUAGUGAUAGUGUAUAUGUUGAACAUAAGGAAUCCGAGAUGCAAAACGAUUGUUCUAAAAAAAUUGAAAAAAAUGUAGAAACCCUCGAAAAAUAUGAUCAUAAUAAUUAUGACCAAGAAUAUUCACAAUAUUAUGAAAAAAGUUAUAAAAAAAUUUCUGCUAAAUAUUCUCAUUUGAAUUAUGAAGAUCAAACGAAAAGCAAAUGGGAUAAUACAAGAUAUAUAAUAAAGCAAAAUAGCAUUCGUGGAAAAAUGAAAAAUCAAUACACAUCUUUUAAGUUGCCUAAAUAUAAUUCAAGCAUAUUUAACAAAACAAACAAUAAUAAUAACAAUAGUAAUAAUAGUAAUAAUAAUAAUAAUAAUAGUAAUAAUAAUAAUAAUAAUAGUAAUAAUAAUAAUAAUAAUAAUAGUAAUAAUAAUAACAAUAGUAAUAAUAGUAAUAAUAAUAAUAAUAAUAAUAGUAAUAAUAACAAUAAUAAUAGUAAUAAUAGCAAUAAUAAUAGUAAUAAUAGUAAUAAUAACAAUAACAAUAAUAAUAAUAAUAAUAAUAAUAGUAUUAGUAGUAGUAAUAAUAAUAAUAAUAACAAUAGUGACCAUAUUGUAAACAGUUCAUACUGUGAUGUUACACUAUGCUUUAAUCAUUUUUCGCAAAUACACAAUAUUUUAAAUCGAGAUCCAAAUGGAUUAAGAAAAAUAAAAAUGAUGUUAAAAAAUGAUAUUGGAACUAUUAAUAUUUCUCCAUUUUUUAUAAAUUUUGAUAGCACUAGAAUAUUUAAAAAUAUAUGCAGAUCUUUUAAAUUAUCCAAAUAUAAUUAUAAAGAAAGAAAUAUAUAUGACCUUAUAAAUUUAUGUUUUUCUAAUUAUCAAUCAAUAGAUAUUUUAAGGACAGUUUUUCUUAAUGAUUUAUAUAAACAAGAAUUAUAUAGAAACGAAAAUAAUCAUAAAAAAAAACAUACUUAUAAAAAGAAAAGAAAAGAAAAUAUAUUAGAAAUUUUGGAUGAACAAAAAAGGGUCUAUAUAUCAUAUUUUAUUAAUCGGUUUUUAUAUUCACAAAAAACACCACUUUCAAAUUUGUUUAGAAAUUUUAAACAAGAUAAAAUUAAAUAUUUAGAAGAUAGUAACAUUGAAGAUGAUUAUAAUUAUGAUGAGUUAACAAUUGAUUAUUUUAUUUUUUUAAUGAUUUUUGAAAAUAAAAUAGAUUACAAAUUUUAUAAAUUUAUUCUCAAACAAAUUAAAAAUAGUAAAGCCGCAUUUUCUCCUAUAAAAUCAGAAAAAAAUAAUAUCUCAAAUUUUAAUACACACACAAAAUCGAACGAUAAAAAAAAUAAUAAUUUUCAAAAUUCAAAUAAUUAUGACCAAAAACAUUUUUUAAACGAAAAAAUAAAUUCAGAUUUUUUAUCAAACGAUUCAAAUACUCAAACUUAUAUUCAUGAUAAAUUUAGUGAUACUAAUGAUAUUUUAGAAAAUACAUUUAAAUAUGUUACAACAAACUGUGAAACUAGUUAUAUUAUGCAUAAUGAAAUAACAAAAGUUGAAAAUACUCCAAAUAAUUAUGCAUACACUCUAGUAAAUUCUAACACAUUAACAAGUCAUACUGAAAUAAGCAUAGCUAGCCAAAAUUCGACAUGUUUAGAUUAUAAAAAAAAUUAUAAAUUGGAAAAUAGAGAUAUAGGAUACAAAACCGAAAAUUAUAAAAGCCACGAUGAUGAUGGAGAAGAUGAUGAAUAUGAAGAUGAAAUGAAAUGUAUCAAAAAUAAAACAGAAAUAGAAAAUGAAAUAAUUUUACUUAAACAUAUUAGACCAUUUCCAACAAUUUAUUGGCUAGUUAAUAAAAAUAUAUGUGGAUAUAUAUCCCAUUUAGAAAAAGUAAAUAUAAUAAAAAAUAUUGAAAAUCUUAUAAAUCAAAAAAAUGAAGAAUUUAAUUUAUUAAGACGUUUUUUAAUUUAUGAUCAUUUAAAAUAUAUUGUUAUAAGAUUACGCCAUAUUAACAAAAAAAUAUUGUUAUUUUUUUAUAUGUUUUUUUUAAAUUCGGAUGUAUUUUUAAAACAAUAUCAAGAUAAUAAAAAUAUAGAAGAUAUAGCAAUAGGAACAUAUAUUAACCCUUUUCAAAUACAACCUAAUAUAUUAAAUAUAUUUUUGGAAAUAUAUAAAAUUGAUGAAAAUACCAUUUCAGAAAUACUUCGAAAAAUUAAUACAUUGAGAAUAAAAGGAAUUGGAGGUAUACUCAACUUUUUGACAUUAAAAUGUCUUCAUCUUUAUUUUGCAUCACAUUUAUCUUAUCCUAAUACUGUUGGACAUAUAUUAGAAGAAUUUUUUAAAUCUUAA